UAUGUUUAUUUGCUUUUGAAAUCAGUCUGUUUGUGUUGGGUAUUUUCCCACACAGCACAAAUAUAAUAUUUAAUUUUGUGGUGUUAAUUACCUACAAUUAUGUGCAAUACCGGUUUAUGUGGAAUAUUAAAAAAUUGUGGUUUAAUUUUUAUUUACAUAUAUGGAUCAUGUCACAUUGCUUUUGAAAUGAUUCAAACAAUUAUACCAAUUGGGAUUAUAUUAAUUUUCAUUUUUACUUUUGGGUUGUAUGCCGUAAAGGUUCCUCCGCCUGAUGAAGACACUGUUAAAAAACUUAUUGGACUCCCUUUGACAGAGGAAAGUGAAAAUCCCACAGAGUAUUACAUGAAAACAGUCGCCCAUCGCGGAGCUGGCUUGGAUGCACCGGAAAAUAGCUUAGUUGCAUUUGACUUGUGUAGCAAAAAGGGUUGUAACAUAAUCGAAUUUGAUGUAACGCUUACUGCCGAUAAUGUACCUGUCGUGUUUCACGAUAAAACUUUGGAUAGAGUGGCUGAUUCCGAAAAAGUUUUGUCAAAAACCCUUUGGGAAGACCUGCAGAAAAUUGAUAUUUCGGUUCGACAUCCAUAUCGAGAACGAUUUAUCAAUACGCGGAUACCCACUUUGGAUGAAACUGUUCAGCAAUUAUUGAAAGCAGAACAGCGGAUGUUUAUAGAUAUCAAGACACAAAAUGGCAAGAUAAUUGACAUAAUACUGGAUCUAUACGAGAAAUAUCCUUCCUUACACUCGAUGGCUGUAGUUACAUCUUUUUACCCCAAUAUUAUUUACUAUAUAAGAAGAAGCAACCCUAAAAUUGUGUGUUCUUUAGCUUGGCGCCCUUACUCUUUCGCAAAUGUAUCGUAUAAUGCUAUGACUGGACCAGGAGAAAGAAGAUCUACCAACAUUUUAAAACAUCUAUUUCUUUGCUUAUGUGAUAAUCUUCACGAAUGGCUUUUACCUCGGCUAACAUACAACAUCUUAGGAUUAUCCAUGGUAUUAUUGCACAAAGAUGUAAUUAGUCCAAAGGUGGUGGCUGAUUGGCAGGCUAAGGGAGUACGAGUGAUGGCAUGGACGGUUAAUCAUCCCAUCGACAAACAAUACUUUGCUAAAACUCUGAAAAUCACUUAUUUGACUGAUACUUUAACUGGAGAGAGUACUGUACAUUCAAAUUCUUUGGAAUAAGUUUCAUCUUGGCAGCUUUAGUUUCAUACUUUUUUACAAUUAAAUCUUUUAAUUUGUAUCUUGUAUUUAUUACAAGGCUGAUAUACAGGAAUUGUAAGUAUCUAGCAUAACCAGUAACACUUUUUUUAUCUGUGAUUUAUACUUAAGUUUGUAAUUAUUUUUUGAAGUGCACAUUUUUUUAAGGUAAAGAUUUUACAUUUAUUUACUCCUAUGUAUCAUGCUAGAAUAUGUAUGUCUAUAUGUGUUGUAAUGUUUUUUCAAUUAAUUACGUAUUUAAAUGCACAAGUGACUCUGAAAUGGCUCAGAGUAUGUACAAAAUAAGCAAUAAAAUAUGAUUAUAUA